AUGGGCUUUCCGAUCUGGCUGUGGCACCCAAAGACGCACUCCUACAAAUCACCCGUCGAAGCACAUAAUUAUCGAUGUUGUUGCAGUUGCUGCAAUUCAAAGUGCGGCUUCACCUUUAUCUUGAUCUUCUGGACCAUCGCCGCUUUGCUGAACCUGGCCUUCCUGCUGCUCGUCUUGCUGACGCCGGAGGUGUACUUGACGCUGUUCAAAAGCCCACAGUUUUACGCCUCCGUCUUCAGCAUCAUUUGCGUCGUCUGCGGGCUCUGCGCGUUGAAAACGAAGAAGCCAAGCUGGAUGCAGUUGUUCCUGAUUUGUUGGACCGUCCUUUCCAUCAUCACCUGGGCGCUGUGGAUUCUCGAGUGGACGCUGGGCGUGGAGACGGCUGACGCACGCGUAGCUGAGCGUCGUGCUAAGGAGAACAAGCCCCAGAUUAAUACCAGGGCUGCUUCUUGGAUUCUUCUCGCGCCAAUCAUCAUCUUUACCCUGAUCAUCCAGAUUAUUCUUACGUUCCUCUAUAUUUCUUUCUACCGCUUCCUACGCGAUCGUCAACUGGAAAAGGAGCAGCACGAGGGGACGAUGAUGUCCGUCCAAGCCAAUCGAUAU